UAGUGUGUGCGCACGCAUGUAUGUAUGACUGUGUACAGGUGUGGAGGUCAGAACAGUUUACAAGAGUUUGUUCUUUCAUCUUGUGGGCCCCAGGGAUUUUACUCAGGUUGUCAGGCAUUAUGGCAAGUGUCUUAUCCACCAAGUUAUCUCACUAGACUAAAUUAUGUAGCUUUUGCUAUUGCUAAGAUAUUUUUGUAGCAGGCAGUACUCUAGUUACUGCUUAGCCUGUUGCUUCUUUGUAGACUCUGCGGUAAAAUAGGCUUCCAGUGGUCUGCAGUGUGACUACUCUCUCCCUUCCCCUCGCCUCUGUCCUACCAGCAAUAGGGGACUGAAUUUACUCUUAAAGAAACCAUGUCCACUGGAGGUGCUGAAGAUGACAUCCCACAGGGAGAGAGGAAGACAGUUACAGAUUUCUGUUACCUUUUGGAUAAAUCCAAGCAGCUGUUCAAUGGGUUAAGAGAUUUGCCGCAGUAUGGACAGAAGCAGUGGCAGUCAUACUUUGGAAGAACUUUUGAUGUUUACACCAAACUAUGGAAGUUCCAGCAGCAGCAUCGACAAGUCUUGGAUAAUCGGUAUGGCUUGAAGCGGUGGCAAAUAGGGGAAAUCGCUUCCAAGAUCGGGCAGCUGUAUUACCACUAUUAUUUACGUACAUCUGAGACCAGCUAUCUGAAUGAGGCUUUCUCCUUCUACUCUGCAAUCAGACAGAGAUCAUACUACUCUCAAGUUAAUAAAGAGGACAGGCCUGAGUUGGUUGUUAAGAAACUCCGAUACUAUGCAAGAUUUAUAGUAGUUUGUCUUCUUCUUAACAAAAUGGAUGUUGUGAAAGACCUGGUAAAGGAAUUGUCAGAUGAAAUUGAAGAUUAUACUCAUCGCUUUAAUACUGAAGAUCAAGUAGAGUGGAACCUAGUGCUUCAAGAGGUGGCAGCAUUUAUUGAGGCAGACCCUGUGAUGGUGUUAAAUGAUGAUAACACCAUUGUCAUCACGUCCAAUCGCCUCACUGAGACGGGAGCCCCCUUGCUGGAGCAAGGAAUGAUUGUGGGACAGUUGUGUCUGGCUGAUGCGCUCAUUAUUGGUAAUUGUAAUAAUCAGGUUAAAUUCAGUGAACUGACUGUUGACAUGUUCCGGAUGUUGCAAGCCUUGGAGAGGGAGCCAAUGAAUUUAGCUUCCCAGAUAAAUAAGCCAGGAAUACAGGAGUCAGCUGACAAGCCCACCAGACGAGAAAACCCCCACAAGUAUCUGCUCUACAAACCGACCUUCAGCCAGCUGUACACUUUCUUAGCAGCAUCUUUUAAGGAGCUGCCUGCCAAUAGUGUGCUUCUGAUUUACCUGUCAGCUACUGGCGUUUUCCCCACAGGUCGUUCUGAUGGUGAAGGUCCUUACGACUUUGGAGGUGUUCUUACUAAUAGCAACCGGGACAUUAUAAAUGGAGAUGCAAUCCACAAACGAAAUCAGUCCCACAAGGAAAUGCACUGCCUUCAUCCUGGAGAUCUCUAUCCGUUCACAAGGAAACCCCUGUUUAUCAUCGUGGACUCCUCCAAUAGUGUUGCCUAUAAGAAUUUCACAAACUUGUUUGGACAGCCACUCGUCUGCUUGCUUUCUCCUACUGCAUAUCCAAAGGCUUUACAAGAUCAGUCUCAGCGAGGUAGCCUCUUCACCCUCUUUUUGAACAAUCCUCUAAUGGCCUUCCUAUUUGUGUCUGGAUUGUCAAGCAUGCGUAGAGGCCUGUGGGAAAAGUGUCAAGAAUAUCUUCGAAAAAUCAACCGUGAUAUUGCCCAGCUACUGACCCAUUCACGUUCAAUAGAUCAGGCCUUUCUCCAGUUUUUUGGAGAUGAAUUUCUUCGAUUGCUUCUCACAAGGUUUGUCUUCUGUUCAGCCACCAUGAGGAUGCACAAGGCCUUCCGGGAAACUCGAAAUUACCCAGAAUCCUAUCCACAACUGCCAAGGGAUGAAACUGUGGAGAAUCCUCACCUUCAGAAGCAUAUUUUAGAAUUGGCCUCCAUUCUGGAUGUUCGAAACAUCUUCUUUGAGAAUUCUAUGGACGACUAUUAAAACCCUCUUGUUUAACAGUUUUCAUCUUCCACAGAUUUUAAAUGGUGCCGUUUUUAAUGUGGUGACAGAGACAGUUACUCGGUUUUUGUGAAUUUAGGAACCACCAUUUUAAAAGCAAACUGGAAAAACAUUCAAACUUUUAGGGUAACUUUUAAGAUAUAAUCUUUCAAGUAUUUUGAAGCCUCAAUCUUGAAAUUUUUAUUUUUUGAUUUUGACAUGAGAUACUUACCUCCAACACCUACUCCUACAUUCAAUUAGGUACUAUUGCCUCCCUAAGAAGAAUAAAUUAUUUUUACAUAAUGAGGACAAUCCAGAAGUUAUAUUUGGACCUUUAAAUGUCUGAAUUUUGGAAAUAUCUCACUGUCCAUAGUGGUGAGACUUGCCACAUGGACUACUGAAAAUCAAGAGCAAAACCCUUCUGUAGAGUUUCUUUUCACUCCACACUAAUAGGUAGGAAAAUAAUGUACACAGGGAUUUCUUACAGUCACUGAAUUUUAUUCAAUGUUGUCAAAUCUUUAGAGUCUGUUUAGGAUUGAUUUACAUUUGGAAAUUAAAUCUUCAGUGGGGACUGUGAGGUGACAGAGCUCACUUAGAAUGUGAAUACUACUAUCACGAGAUUUGUUUGUAUAUUUUAUUUUCUUUGUGGUUUUUGAAUGCUGGAAAAUACUUUUAAAUAUUUCAGCCAAAAUUCUGCACUGUCUCCAGUAGAAUUUCUACAUAGACUAUUCAUUGACAACAUCGAGCUUUAAAUGGUGUCUUGAUGGAUUCAUUGGUAUACUCACUGCACAGUUUCUAAUUCUUUUUCCUAUUCCAGUUUUCAAGGCUUCGGUACCAGACAUACUGUCAGUGUGAGGUGAGGAUAACUGGGUGUUAGGAAAGUAAAUCAUGAGUUGAUUUUGCUUUGACACCUUGGAAGUAAGAUACUUAAACUCCCUGUGUUAUUUUAUAUUCAUGCACAGAUUUUUAUUAUUAAUAUUUUAAAUAGGACUCAGUACAUAACCAAGUUUUUUGUGUGUUCUUCCCUCCAUUUUGUUUGCAAAACCAUAAUGUAUGGUGGUUUCCUUUCCUAACUCUUGUUCUGGACGGUGGCAACACAUGAUCAUUAGCUGUCUGCCUCUGGUCCAGUCCCUAAGUGCUGUGUCUGCAGCAUACACCUUUCUGUUUCCUGUCAUCUACAGUGGCCCUGUCUGUUCUGUGUUCAAUCCUUUGAUGCUAAGCAUUAGGACUACUUGUUUCAAAACCAGGAAGUCUGAGUUCUAACCCUGGCUUUCCUGGUGAUUAGCAUGAUGCCCUUUGGCAAGUAGCUUCCUGUGUCUGCUUCUAAGCACUUUUCUGUAUGCACAGUGGCUCACCCGAGAUCCUAGUCCUGUCUGAUCCAAACAGUUGGGAGCCUUGACUCCAAAAAUGUUGAUUUCUCCCCCAUUGCUUCCAGAAAAUUUGUGUGUUUUUAGCACUAUAACAUCCUUUCCAUCGUGUUUAAUAAGGCUUUUUUAAAAAAAGUCCUAGGUCCUACUUAGAUGUUUUGAGACUUAGAGAGAUUGUCCUUCCAUGAUCAGAAAUAUGUGUGUCUUAGAGAUCAUAGUGUAAAUCCAGAUUGUAACAGGGUCCCUUAAACUAAUAGUGACGCAAUUCCUAAAUGAUAGUAAAAAAUCUAAAGUGGACCAAAACUGAGGCUGUAGCUCAAUGGUAGAGCAUUUAGCUAAUAUUCAGAAAUCCUGUGUUUGGUCUCCAUCAUUAGAGUAAAACAAAAUUUCAAAAAAGUAAAAGCAAUUUUGAGCUGGGUAUGUUGAUGUGUGUCUAUAAGCCUAGUCCAUAGGUGACUAAGGCAGGAGGAGUUCAAGGUCAGGGCUAACCUAGACUAUAUAGCAAAAGUCCAUCUCAAAAACAAUUGCUAAGAGAUCUUGAAUCUUUUGAGAGCAAAACUAUAGUAGGAAAUUUGAAGCUUUUUUAAAAAUCUAUGAAUAGUAGUGGAGCACACCUUUAAUCCCAGCACUCAAGAGGCAGCCUGGUCUACAGAGCAAGUUCCAGGACAGCCAGGACUACACAAAGAAACCCUGUCUUGAAAAACAAACAAACAGUCACUGUAAGCCAACUAGGAAGCAUCAAACUGCAAGAGACCAGUUACACACAAAGCAAAGUGAAAUACACUGGGGUUUUCUUUCAGUAUCUAUAUAUUUCUGAUAUAAUGCAGCUAUCUUUUCUGUUCUAGAGAAGACAAUGCUAAGAUGUGAUAAGCUGCUGAUUAUUCAAUGACUGAACUUCCAACACUCAUCUCUUCUCAGCCCCCCCCCUCCCCAGUAGCUGAGGCUUCUUUCUGUAAUGAACAAGAGGGAAUGUUUAAGAUUUUGUUCUCCCUGUAUUAGAUAUUCAAGCCAGUUAGGAUGAGGCUCAAUCAUAGAGUGCUUGCCUAGCAUCUGCAGGACCCUGUGUUUAAUUCCCAGUACAAUGAAUAUUCAUGCGGGUGAACCAUUGACCCCAGCAUGUUUUUAUUAAUUAUAAAAUCAGAUGUUUUCCUUUAGUUUUAGUCAGGAUAUAUAUAUAUAUAUAUAUAUAUAUAUAUAUAUAUAUAUAUAUAUAUAUAUAUAUAUAUAUAUCCUUUGUAUGUAAGUGUUUCCUUCCUAGGAAGUGGUGCUCCCAAAACCUUUCAAAGCACAGAAAUGAUUGUGUACUUUAUAUUUUUAACAAAAGUGGAAUGUUUCACAGUUUUGGAAUUGAGGUCUAAUUUGAUCUUACUUGAGGUUUUCCUGACUCUGGGUUUGGAGUUGGGUUUGUUUUUCUUCUCCAUCAUGCAAUAGAAUUCCCUUAAAUGGGUAAUGGUACUGAAUUUCACUGAAGUCAAGGGAGAAGUCCAAAUCAGACACCCGAAUCAGUUAUUCUUCUCCAAGCUCAGUCAGGGUCUGUGUCUGAGGAGUUUCAACCUAGUUGAAAAGUUUCAGUUAUCCAUGCAGACUUAUAAUCACCCAAAUAACCAGAGAAUAUUCUGGACUGGUGACACAGCACCUGCGAACUUGGCCACUGCCAAAAUCAUCUGUCCACCAUAUGUGUAUAUGAGACAAUAUGAAUCUAAGUCUAAAUGCCUUGACACUCCUAGUGACUUGGGAGUAUUUUCUGUUCUUGUGUUCAUUUGGAGGGUUUAAAGAGUAGUUAGGUUGAGGGUUCUUUUUAGAACUUACUUGAAAUUCUUAUUUUUAAUGGCAUGUGUAUAUUUUGUGAUGCUAACUGCAAUCCAUAAACUCUGUGUAUAUGUGUACAUAUCUGUAAAUAUCUUGGUAUGCAGUUAUGCAUUGUGUGUAUAUUCUAUACCCAUACCCAUUGUGGGCUAAAUUUAUUUUAGUUCUGUGAGGACAUCAGAGUGGCAUUGUUCAUGCUACUAUAAUUGUUUUGUGGCUGGAUCUCAUUCACAGGCCUCAAUUUUAAGGGGCUUGUGUUGAGAUAAAAUGGGCUCCUUUAGAGUUGAAAUUAGGAUAUGAAGAUAUUAAGAAAAGGCUGCACAUUCUCAACUUUAUGGUCAUCUACAAACUUCAGUUUAAAUUGAUAAGUUUGCUGGAAACCUGAAAACCUAAGAUUGUGAAACUGAGACACCAGCAGGGUCUUACCCUUAUUUUUCUUAGCCCAUAUUUGAGUGUUACUAUUGAGUAGAAUAUUGUUUAUAUUAGGACCUUUGGGCCUACUGAGAACAUUACAUUUGAAAAUAGGAAAUAGCUUUUAAGUAAAAGAAAUACAUGUUUAUCAUUUCGAUAUCUGAUGCUAAAUUUUAAUUUUUGAAUUUUUUCCAUCUAUAUGCUCGUUCUCCGUGUGUCUCUGUGAGGCAGAAAGAAGAAGGGGCUAAGGAAGGCCAAACCUCAGUGGGUGCAGAGAGGAGCUGGGUUGUUGAUGCGUAUGUCUGCUUAAGUAGACUUUUCUUACUGGCAUUGCAUAUCAAAGAUGAGUCUGUUCAUCUGAGAAAGAAAAUGCUCCCAGCAAAUUCAGUGCCUCCACUUUCAUUCCUGAGCUCUCUGGGAAUACUUUUGCUCUACAAUUUAACCAUAUAUUUACACUCUAGGGAGAUUGUGUAGUAUGAAGUGCCAGAGCAGCUAAGGAACCUUAGACUUUCAGUUAAGCACUGUGUGUGUGUGUGUGUGUGUGUGUGUGUGUGUGCGUUUGUGCGUGUGUGUGUGUGUGUGUGCGCGUGUGUGUGUGUGAGCGUUCUGCGUGUGAGCGCCCACACACAUGCACUCAUUCAUAGGGGUACAUCUGUAAUCCCAGUUCUUGAAAGGAGGUAGGUGAAUCAAGAGUUCAAGACCAGCUUCUGCUGCAUAGUAAGUUCAGAGACAGAGCAUGGGCUACAGGAGACCCUGGCUCAAAAAUAAUAGAAAGACUUAAUGAGGGCAGUAACAUUAUAGAAAAUAUGUUCAGUGCCAGUUUAUAAAUGUUUGGGAUAUUGCAGAGUAGUAUAUAUUCAUGUGUUUAUUUGCAUGAAUGAAUAUAAAGGAUGUUUAAACACACUUCUGUAUUGUCACUGAAAAGAGUAAAGUUAUUUCUGCAUUGUAAAAUAUAACUGCAAGGCAACUUUCUACUUCAUUCUUCAAAAAACCAAACCUCUCUUAUUAACAUUAAAUUGUUUUAAGGAGAAAAAUCCGUUCAAAUCAAUUCUACAACUUCUAAAAUUAUUUAAUUUGCCUCCCCAUUGUUAAUAAAGCAGCUAGCUUUUCAUAACACUUUACAAUUAUGCUCUUAGUUAGCCUUUUCUUGAAAUAUACUAACAUGCAUUAAUGUGUUAUUUCUGAGAAUUCCUUCAAAAAAAAUGUUCAGAAGCUGUAAUGUUGGUUAAGCAGGUAGUAGAUUGUAUGUUGAACUAGGGUCUGGUGAGAUGGCUCAGCAGUUAAAAGCAUCUUUUUUUUUUUUUUUGCUUUUUUGAGACAGACUAUGUAGUACUGGCUGUCCUAAGCUGGCCUUGAACCCACAGAAAUCCUCCUACCUCUGCCUCCUAAGGGCUAGGAUUAAAGUCAUACACCAUCGUGCCCGAUCAAGAGGCCUCUUAAAGAAGACCUGGGUGUCACUACUAACACCACAGGCUGCUCACAGCCUUCAGUUCUAGGGCACCUGACAAGCUCUUCUGGCCUUUGCUAAUGCUGCACUCAUGUGAUGCAGACAUAUUGCAGGCAAAAGACUCACACGUAAAUAGUUAUUUUUUAAAGCAUAGUAGAUAAGGUUGAUGUUGCACCUGUAACUUCUGUCCCAGUUACAAAGCUGGUAACUUUGCAGUUGAAUAAAAUAUGAAUUGCAGAGAAAACCAAACCUUUUACCCACAUUGAAUGCUUAUGUGCUGAUGUUGUAUACAUAGUCAACUCCAAGUCUUUCAUGAAUACUGGGACCACUUAAUGUAAUGAAAAUUUAAAAAAAAACUGAUUCAUCAUCCUUAGACUAGGCCUUCCAAACAUAAAUCUAUACUUAACCCCAUUUCCCCUGAGUGCUGAGCACAAGAAGUUAAUUUUCAAUAUGGUUUGUAUUUAAUGCAGUAUGAUUUAUGUGUGGAUGGGAUAAUCGCCUGCUUGUAAGAAAGCAAUGAUACAGGGGAACAUGUGACUAGGUAAGCUUAAAUGAAUUAAACAUAACUAAUGUGGUACCAUAGAAGUAUUUUCUUUGGAGUUCUAUAACUGUUUUCUUGGGUGAAAAUCAGUAUAGAAUUCCAUUUUACACAACACUGGAACACCAUUUCACAUUUCACAUUUCUUUCUGUGAUUUUAAAUUUUGUUUUACCUUAGCAGACUACUCAAAGCAGUGGUUUUACGUUGUUUUGUUUUGCUUCACAUAUUGUGACAGUAGAUUUGGAGAAUUAAAAACAAUUUAAAGUACAUUGCAUUGUACAGAUUUGCUUACAAACUCAAUCUGAAUUUGGUCACAGACAAUUCUAGCCUAUAUCCUAAGACAACCAUCUUUUUAGAUGUAGUAUUGUUUGUGGCAGUAUCACUAAUUUCAAAUUUCAGGCUUUAUUUUUCUCAGAGGCUUAUGAAAUGAAAAUUAAUGGACUGAGUUACAUCACUUUCAAAUUAAAGAAAGGAAUUAUGGCUAGUUAGAGGUCUGCAGUGCAAGAUAUAUUAUCAUUGUUUUGUUUUGUUUCGUUUUGUUUUGAGCUGAGGACUGAACCCAAGUCCUUGCGCUCCAACACUGAACUAAAUACCCAACCCCUUAUCAGUUUUUUGUUUUGUUUUGUUUACCUCAUUUAAAACUGCCAUGACUGUCCACUGGUCUCUGGUUCAAAACAUUAUAAUUUGAACCAUGAAUUUUAACAUGAAACCAGCAUAUAGCCAUUAUAGCUGGGUAAUGGUGGCACACAACCUUUAAUCCCAGCAUUCAGAAGGCAGAGGACAACCAGGGCUACACAGAGAAACCCUGUCUUGAAACUUCCCCCUCCCAAAACCAUGAUAAAAUGUCAAAUGAUGUUACCACUUUCCCCAGUAAACAUUACUGAAUCAGAGUAAUGCCACUGUAGUCUUCAAAAUUGUAUCUCCGGUUCUCUUUUUAAUGCCUUUAAUUUUAAUGAUCCUUGAUCUUUAACUGGAGUACUGUAUGCUAUGGGAUUCUUACGAUUGAGGCAGAAAGGUCUUACAUACAAAGAAAUGCAGAUAAGUGUCCUAACAUAUUCUUAGUAGAGAUUACAAGGGAAGGAACUUCCCCAGAUAAGUUACUCUCACGUGUAGCACCAAUAUAAGUAGUAGUUGCAUUUGUCACUGAAUCACAUGUAGUUAGAAAUUAUUUUACAUUGCUGUAAAGAUUAGUAUAAUUUCACAGAACUUUGUUAUUUCCUGAGCAGUUUCCACUUUAAGACUGUUAAUUAGCCUGUUCAAAGUAUCACUAAAGGUUAAUUUAAUCAAGUAAAAAAUUUUCAAAGUUGUUUGAUCUUCUUUACCCUAAAAAUAAUGGUGAAACUAUUGUCUACUUUGUUAGUCAGAAAUGCACUUGUUGAAAUCAUAGCAAAAAAUAUACUUGACUUACUAGUAGUAUGAAACACUUUAUUAAAAACAUGUGCUUGUCUGUAACUGAAAUGUUAUAGAAUUGUAACACGUAGGGAUUAUAGAGUUAUAUUUCUUAGCUCUCAGAGAUUGAAGCACAAUUUUCAUGUAACAAUUCUUAUCCAAGUGCUCUCUGUCAUGCAAAUAACAAAGCUAACAGGUUGUCUGUCUAGUUGUUUACAGAUCACUAUCAUCCUUGAGACAGUUUUGUUCAUUUGUAUUAAAAUUGGGUAUUGUGAGUUAAUACUUUAAAAUAAAUCUGUCAGUCAGCUAGCUCUGUUAUACAGUAAACUGUUGGAUUCACAAAAUUUAUGUGUUGGUGGUUAAGUUCUGAAGAGACUAUAGUGACUAAGGGGGAAAUUAUAGUAUCAUUUGACUUGAAUAUUUGUGUUAUUGUAAAAGUCUUGUCUGUUGGUGUUUCUAAAUUGCUUAAACCAUACAGUCUAUUAGGUUUUUUGUUUUGUUCUUUUCCAGCAGUCAUUUUCUGCUUUUGUCUGUUAUAAUUAACAUUUUAUAGACCUUAGAUAUUGGCAAGUUCUUGAACACAUUCAUAAAGGAUGGGAGCCGUUCACGUCUUCACUCCGUGAAUCUCAGAGUAAAUACUGUGACUCUGCAGGGCAGGUUCUGUAGACAUGGCAAUGCACGUUCCUGUUACACAGUGCCUGUCACUGAAGGCACUUAAACACUAGCAGAUGGAAAGUAAAUGUUGUUUUGAUGUUUGUUAAAUAACAAGAUUACACAAUAUUUGGUUUUUGUGGUCAGUGUAAUAAAGAACUUUGCAUUGAUAAAUACUCUAGGAAUGUGUAUACAUUCAAGUGUGAACUCUUGUAAAUGAAUUUUGUAUCUUGAAUCACGUAUAUAUUAAGUGUAUCAUUAAUAUAAAAAUAAACAUUAUUUGCUUAAA